AUGGCCCCCUCACAGUCUAGCCAUGGGGCUAUUUCGCAUUACGAGAUUCUUGGCCUCCCUCAUCCUCCAGUUUCAUUGAGAAAACAAGACGUUAAGGCGGCCUACCACCGUACCUUGCUUCAAUAUCAUCCGGAUAAAUCUGGCCCGUCAAUACCAUCUCCGCCUGGAGGAGAGAGCGAAAAGCAGGAGAGCCUAUCUGGCGAUCUAAAUACCCCUAAAUCCGCGGAAACCCGCACCGUUGACCAGAUUACAACUGCCUAUAAGGUUCUUUCGAAUCCAGCAGCAAAGGCUGAAUAUGAUCAAUUUCUUCUGCUAUCUGGAUUUCGAGCGGCUAGUGCAAACAUUGACAGAAACGGAGAUGAAGAUGACUCUAUUUUCCGCACGGGUUUAGAGGUGCUUGACCUUGACGAUAUGGCAAUGGAGACGGUCGUAUGUCAACCCGAUGGGGAUAGAGAGCAAGAGGCCAUUGAAACGUGGUAUCGAGGUUGUCGAUGUGGCGACGAGAAGGGGUUUAUGGUCACUGAGGAAGAUUUGGAGAAGGAAGUUGAGAAGGGAGAGAUUUUUAUAGGGUGUCGAGGAUGUAGCUUAUGGGCUAAGGUUGUGUUUGCUGUUCAUGAAGAUGUGGAUGGAUGA